GGGCGGGCCUAGCGGGCGCGGUCAUUGUCUUGGAGGAACGGUGCGCGGGCCCGUUCCCCGGUUGCCCUGGGCAGUGGAGGCAUGGCCGCUCAGCUGCUGACCGAUGAGGCCCUGGAAUCAGUGACAUUCAGGGACGUGACUGUGGACUUCACCCAGGAGGAGUGGCAGCAGCUGGAGCCUGCCCAGAAGGAUCUAUACAGGGAUGUCAUGCUGGAGAACUACAGGAACCUGGUAUCACUGGACUGGGAGACUAGACCUGAAAUGAAAGAGUCGGAUCCAAAGGAGGACAUUUCAGAACACAAACCAUCCAUUAGCGAUGCCACGGAAGGACCCACAAGGAAUUGUGCCUGGAGUCCCUCUUUAGGGACAUGGAAACUGAGCGGCGGGCUGGAGAGACGGCGGGGAGCUGCAGGGGCUGGGCGCGAGCAGUUGGGAGUUCCCCACGGGAACAGACUCGGCGGGGAGUUAGUGUCCGCCUGGCAUGAGCUGAAGGCGUCGACCAACCAGAGCUCUGCCCGGGUGCCACCAGGACUAGAAGAGCCCGCAGAGAAGGGGGCCUGUCUGUUUGUCAUGCACGGGAAGAGCUUUUCCAGCACUUCAGGCUUCCGCAGUCCCCCCACGCCCUACUCAGAGAAGAAGUGCUAUGAUUGCCGCGAGUGCGGCAAGGCGUUCAGCCGGAGCUCGUCGCUGAUAAAGCACCAGAGGAUUCACACAGGGGAGAAGCCCUUUGAGUGCAACAUCUGCGGGAAGCACUUCAUCGAGCGCUCGUCCCUCACCAUCCACCAGCGGGUCCACACCGGCGAGAAGCCCUACGCGUGCGGGGACUGCGGCAAGGCCUUCAGCCAGCGCAUGAACCUCAUCGUGCACCAGCGCACGCACACGGGCGAGAAGCCCUACGUGUGUGAGGUGUGCGGCAAGGCCUUCCGCAAGACCUCGUCCCUCACCCAGCACGAGCGCAUCCACACCGGGGAGAAGCCCUACGCGUGCGGGGACUGCGGCAAGGCCUUCAGCCAGAACAUGCACCUCAUCGUGCACCAGCGCACGCACACCGGCGAGAAGCCGUACGUGUGCUCCGAGUGCGGCCGGGCCUUCAGCCAGAACAUGCACCUGACCGAGCACCAGCGCACGCACACCGGGGAGAAGCCCUACGCGUGCAAGGAGUGCGGCAAGGCCUUCAACAAGAGCUCCUCCCUCACGCUGCACCAGCGGAACCACACCGGGGAGAAGCCGUACGUGUGCAACGAGUGCGGCAAGGCCUUCAGCCAGAGCUCCUACCUCAUCCAGCACCAGAGGUUCCACAUCGGGGUGAAGCCCUUCGAGUGCAACGAGUGCGGCAAAGCCUUCAGCAAGAACUCCUCGCUCACGCAGCACCAGCGGAUCCACACCGGCGAGAAGCCCUACGAGUGCUACGUCUGCAAGAAGCACUUCACCGGGCGCUCGUCGCUCAUCGUCCACCAGAUCGUGCACACCGGGGAGAAGCCCUACAAGUGCGGCGAGUGCGGCAAGGCCUUCAGCCAGAGCGCGUACCUCAUCGAGCACCAGAGGAUCCACACCGGGGAGAAGCCCUACAGGUGCGGCCAGUGCGGGAAGUCCUUCAUCAAGAACUCCUCGCUGACGGUCCACCAGAGGAUCCACACCGGGGAGAAGCCCUACAGGUGCGGCGAGUGCGGAAAGACCUUCAGUCGGAACACGAACCUGACGCGGCACCUGAGGAUUCACACCUGAGGGCGGCGGGGUCCUCCUCCUCGGCGCUUCAGGACCGAAGCCAGAUGCGUGGGGUACCUCGUCCAUGGGGUCAGUGUG